ACGGGUUUCAACUUACCCACAAUACCAUAGUAUACAGUUCCGCCGGAACUUGCGAUCAUAGUAGCUUGGACGAAGAAACAGCCACCGGGAUGGCCUUUUCGCGUCGAAAGAGUGCGAUGUGAUAUGGGCGGAACAAAGGCUCGGGCUUGGUAUAUAAAUCUAGGUUCGUUCGCGAUGUAGACGACACCGAUAUCCUGAGUCUCAAUCCCUAUAUCAAUUAUACUUGCCUCCUUUUCCAGAUUACAAAGUUCGCGUCCAGAGAACCCACUUGCUUCGGCAAUUUAUUCCUCUUCCCCGCGACCAUGGCCGACACCACUCCCCCCAAUUCCAUUUCCGUCACUCUGAAGGACGUGGCCAAGAUGAUCGACCACUCGCUGCUGCAUCCGACCAUGACCGAUGCUGACAUCGACGCUGGCCUCGAAAUCGCAAAGAAGUAUGGCGUUGCUACCGCGUGCGUGAAGCCUUACCUCAUAUCGCGGGCGAAAGAAGCGUUGGCCGGAUCGGACGUCCUGGUCUGCCCCGUCAUUGGCUUCCCGCAUGGCAACAGCACCACUGAAGUCAAAGUCUUUGAGGCCACCAGAGCUGCAUCGGAAGGAGGCAAAGAGAUAGACAUGGUCAUCAACAUCGGCAAGGCCCUGGGCGGCGACUGGGAGUACGUGGCUGAUGAGAUCAAGCAGAUCAACGAAGCCGUUGUGCAGCACGGGGCCAUCCUCAAGGUCAUUUUCGAGAAUGACUAUCUCGAGGAGCGUCAUAUCAUCCGGCUGUGCCAGAUCUGCUCUGAAGUUGGCGUCGCCUUUGUCAAGACGUCGACAGGGUACGGCUUCGUCAAGCAGUCAAACGGACUGUAUACAUAUGCGGGUGCUACUGUCCCGCAUCUCAAGCUGAUGAGACAGCAUUCCAAGCCUGAGGUUCAAGUGAAGGCAGCUGGUGGCGUUCGCACACUGGACGAUGUGCUACAUGUUAUGUCGCUCGGCGUCACUCGGAUCGGAGCGACUGCUACUGUGGCGAUCAUGGAAGAGGCGGCGUCGAGGGGCAUUACGGACGAGCCAUCGCGCGUCCACUUUAAGCCCAUGGCCGACUCAUCAUUGGGAGGAUACUAG